AUGGCGCAGAAGCGUUUGAUGAGCGAGUUGCAGGCGCUGCAGAAGGAGAAGUGGGUGCACAUCGAUGUCGACGAAAGGAAUGUCAUGUCCUGGAAGAUCGGUCUCAUGGUCGUCAACCCGGACAGCGCGUUCAACGGUGCCUAUCUCAAGGCCGACAUGACAUUCCCUCGUGAUUACCCUUAUGCCCCGCCAACCUUCCGAUUCCUGAACAAGACCAUCUACCAUCCCAACAUCUACACCGACGGCAAGCUCUGCAUCUCUAUCCUACACACACCCGGCGAAGACGAGCAGUCGGGCGAGCAGGCUUGCGAGCGUUGGUCCCCUCUCCAGGGCGUCGAGUCGGUCUUGCGUUCGGUGCUGUUACUUCUGGACGACCCCGAGAUUAACUCCCCCGCCAACGUCGACGCGAGCGUCUUGUUCCGCGACUCACGCGAAGAAUACAACAAGAGAGCCCGGGAGACCGUUGAGAAGUCCAAGAAGGACAUGCCUCCUGGUGUGACGAUCCCGACUACGGCGGAUCUGGAGCCGGUGCCCCAAAAGACCAUGGACGACGACGCUUUUUGGAACGAGACGGACGACGAGGGCGACUUCGAUCUGGGUGGCAGCGACAGCGAUUUCGACAUGGACGAGUACAACGAGGACGAGGACGACGAAGAUGCGGAUGAUGACAAGCCUUGA